AUGGAAAUUAUGAGCUUAAGAAUAAUAAAUGAAAUGUACACAUUAUUAAAAUAUGAAAGAAUAUUAGCAGAGGGUAACACAGAAGGAAAAGAGCAAACAAACGCUGAAGGAUGUCUAAAUAAAAGUCCAUUAGAUAAUGAAAAAAAAGAAAGUACGGAUCCGGAUAAAUACACGUAUCCGUACAAUUAUUGGUUUAAGUUCAAGCUUCCAAUAUUAUGGGAGCGAUUUAACAAUGAGACAAGUCAAAUGGACCAUGAAUGGAAACUAAAAAAAUGGUAUGUUGAUUUUCAGAUGUUUUCAAAUAAGAAAUUUAAUGAUCUAUUAUAUCCAAUAAUUCGUAGUAAUAUUCCAGAUAAACAAAAAAAGGAAAAAAUUGAUAGAUUUAUGAAUGAAUUUGACUCAGAAUUUAAUAAAUUUUUAUGCGAAUGUAAGAAAGAUAUGACAAACAAUAAAACAGAAUCCGAAUCUAAGAAAGAGAUAACAGGCAAUAAAACAGAAUCCGAAUAUAAGAAAGAGAUGACAGACAAUAAAAAAGAAUACGAAUCUAAGAAUGAGAUGACAGACAAAAAAACAGAAUCCAAAUCUAUGAAUGAAGUGACAGACAAUAAAACAGAAUCCAAAUCUAAAGAAGAUAUGAGAGAGAAUACAACAUAA